AUGACGGAGCGCAAGCGGGAGAAGCAGAUGGAGGUGUUCGUGGGCGGGCUGGACAAGGACGCCUCGGAGGAGGACGUCAAACGCGUCUUCGGCCGCGUCGGCCAGAUCGCGCAAGUGCGCCUGCCGCGCGACGCCGCCACGGGGCGCAACAAGGGCUACUGCUUCGUGCAGUACGCCACUGAAGGCGCUGCGCGCCGAGCCGCCUCUGAACUGGACCGAAUACUGGUGCGGGGUCGGCCGGUGGGGGUGUUGGGCGGCGAGCAGGAGGACACGCUGUUCAUCGGGAACAUCAACAAGACGUGGUCCAAGGCCAAGAUAGAGGCGGUGCUGGCGGGGGCUGGCGUGGGGCCGUGGGAGGCGCUGACGUUCAUGGAGGAUCCGCAGCACGCGGGGCACAACCGCGGCUUCGCCUUCCUCGAGUUCGCCUCGCACCGCGCUGCUGCCGCCGCCAAGCAGCGCCUGCAGCAGGCGGACGUCAGCCUGGGCGUCGACCGCCCGCCCCGCGUCUCGUGGGCCGCGCCCCUCAACGAGCCCGACCAGCGCGUCAUGGCGCAGGUGAAGAGCAUCUUUGUGGACGGCAUGCCGCCCUCGUGGGACGAGCCGCGGGCGGCGGGCUUUUUCGGGCAGUACGGACAGAUAGAGCGUGUGGUGCUGGCGCGCAACCUGCCGUCCGCCAAGCGGCACGACUACGGCUUCAUCAACUACACCACUCGCGAGGCUGCCCUUGCUGCCAUUGCCGCCCUCAACGGCUCACACGUGGUGGAUGGAAACUUCCAGAUGAAGAUGCGGGUGACUCUAGCCAAGCCCCAGGACCGCAAGCCGCGCCACCCGCCUCCCAGCAGCAGGGUGGGCGGGGGGGAGCAGCGCCGCGCAGACUUUGGGGACGGCAGCGUGACGGCGCUGCUGGAGGCGCUGCGGGAGCAGGCAGAGCGCGAGGAGCGCGGGGAGGGCGCGCAGGGGGCGCAGGCAGGGGAGGGGGAAGGCGCAGGGGCGGAGGGCGCGGGUGACGGCGGGGAAGGGGAUGUGGAGGGGGAAGCAGAGGAGGGAGCAGAGGGGGAGGCGGGGACGCCAGGGAAAGCGCGUGCGGGGGAGAGGGAGGGGAAGAACACGGCGGGCCUGAACCGGUUUGAGUGUGCGGUGUGUGUGUUUGGGUCGGACGACGAGAGCGAGUACCUGUCGCACCAGCUGUCGCGCGUGCACAGCAUCGUGAGCAUGUUCCGCCAGGACCUCAAGCUGUCCAACAAGACGCCCCUCAGCAUGUUGAACGAGCUCGCCAUGCGCAACAAGAUCGAGGUGACGUACGAGCUCAAGGGCGAGCCAGCAGGCCCCUUCGACGCAUCCGCGUCACUGGGCGGCGGGCCCAACGCGGUGCCGUGGGUGUGUGGGGAGGCGCGCGCGGGCAUGAAGCUGCGCGCCAAGCAGAUGGCGGCAGCAGCGGCGCUGGAGGCGCUGCUGCAGGCGGGCGUGGGGGAGAGCGAACUCACCCGCCCGGGCCUGCCCCCUGUCUCGCCCACCAUGCAGCCUCUCGCUCCUCCCGCUGCCCCACCGCUGGGUGCAGGCUUGGGGGCAGCGGCAGGGGGAUAUGGUGUUCCCAGCACGGGAUAUUCCGCCCCUGGGGCUGCAGGGGCUGCUUAUGGGGGGCAGUAUGGUGGCGGGCAGUACGGUGCGGGGCAGUACGGUGGAGCGCAGUACGGAGGCAAGUAUGGCGGGGCUCAGUACGGUGGCUCACAGUACGGUGCGGUGCCGUACGGUGGAGCGCAGUAUGGAGGGGCGCCGUACGAGGGGCAGUAUGGGCGAGCGGAUGGAGCAGCGAGUGGAGUGAAGCGGCCGUAUCCCCCUGCUGACAACCCUGACUCACUUCAUGCCAGCCAGCGGCCUCGCACGGACCCCUACGCUCCCCCCGCCCCCCCAACGCGCUCUGCCUAUCCCAACCCGCCGCCCGCACACCCCUACAGCGCUCCUCCGCCUGCCCACCCCUACUCCACACCCCCCUCUCAUCCCUACACCAACCCACCCCCUGCACACCCGCCCCCCUCCAACCCACCUGCCGCCUACCCCUCUGCCCACACCUACUCCGCCCCACCCUCUUACCCGCCAUCCUACUCCUACCCUCCUGCCCCUUCUGCUGCUCCAUACGGUGCUGGGGGUGCAUCAUCAUCAGCAGCAGCAGCGCCAGCACCAGCGCCACCGCCGUACUACCAGCAGCAGCACCCGCAGGCACAGCAGGGGGCCGGGACGGGCAGUGGCGGCAGUGCAGGCGGUGCAGAACGCUCGUAUGCACACUCUCACCACUACUCGACCCAGCCGCCGCCGCAUCAGCAGCAGCAGCAGGCACAGCAGCCCCCCUAUCAGCAGCCGUACUCACAGCAGCAGCCGCCACCGCCACAGCAGCCAUAUCAGCCACCAUACCAGCCGCCACAGCAGCAGCAGCAACAGCAGCAGCAGCAGCCGUAUGAUCAGAAGCCUCCACAGCAACAGCAGCAGCAACAGCAGCAGCAGCAGCAGCAGCAGCAGCAGCAGCAGCAGCAGCAGCAGCAGCAGCAGCAGCAGCAGCAGCAGCAGCAGCAGCAGCAGCAGCAGCAGCAGCAGCAGCAGCAGCAGCAGCGGGCAGCAGGGGGGGCAGAGAGAGGCCGUCUUGGAGAGGGAGGGGGGCAGCAGCAGGAGAAGCGAGAGGGCGGAGGACAGGGGGGCUAUGCAGGAGGGGCGCCGCCCCCCAGCACUGCAGGUGGUUACGGGGGUGCAUAUGGCGGCGCGUAUGCAGGCCUGUAUGUAUGCCUCGGUGCCCACCACCUACUACUGACCGCCGCUCUGCCACGCCGCUCAGUUGCUUGCAUGCCACAGACACACUGUGUCUUCUCUCUUCCAAGAGCCGGUUCGGGCUGA